CCUCCUUACAGUUUCUAUUUUGUCAACUUCCGCCUUCAUUGGAAAUUCCCAGCAACAACAUGGCUUUGGUACACCUCGCUUCUCGUGGAGAAGCAAACUUUGAUCUUUUUCCAUACAACCCUUCAAUUGGCGCUGGAUACGCAUACAUGGUCAUGUUCGGGAUCAUGGCUAUAGCACAUAUCGUUCUUAUGUUCAUAUAUCGGAGCUGGUAUUUCAUCCCUUUCAUCCUCGGAUGCAUAGGCGAAUCAGCCGGCUACUAUGGACGCGCCUGGGCGCACGACAACAUUCGCAACGGAACACCCUACCUGAUCCAAAUGAUGCUUAUCCUGGGCUCCGCACCUCUCCUCGCCGCAACGGUAUACAUGACGCUGGGCCGCCUGGCGCGGAAUUUAGAUGCAGACGAAUACUGUCUGAUCCGCUCGACGUGGAUUUCUAAAAUCUACAUCGUCAUCGAUAUUGCGAGUUUUGGGUGUCAGAUGGCUGGUUCGGCCGCGCAGGCGAGCGGUCCGGAGGGAGCUAAGCAAGGAAUUUCCAUUGUCAAGAUUGGGCUUUCGAUCCAACUCGUGGCGUUUGGGUUGUUCCUCGUCAUGGCCGUCGUACUAGAUACCAGGCUCCGCAGCAGCCCCUCCAGUGUCUCCGAACGGCCGCAUGUGAACUGGAAGAAGCAUUUCUUGGCCUUGUACGCCGUCAGUGGCUUAAUUAUCGUGCGGAGUCUGUUCCGCCUGAUUGAAUUUGCACAAGGGCCCGAUGGCCCGAUCCUCAAGAUGGAGUGGAUGAUGUACGUGUUCGACGCGUCACUUCUGCUGGCGAGUACCGUGUGCUUUGCAAUCAUACAUCCCGGCAGGUUGUUCAGAUAUAUACGGAAGGUCGACGGCUCGCCUUUUGUGAAAAGCGAUGAUGGCCAUAUGCCGCUCAACAAAUACGCCAGGAAAUAG